AUGGACUUCGACGACGAGGAAGCCCCGCCACUGCUUGUCGACGCCAGCCAGGCCGACGCCAGCCAGCCCCUCCCCGCCGGCGUGGACGAUUUGUCCCUCGUCAAGGUCCCCAUCACAAUCGUCACCGGCUACUUGGGUGCUGGGAAAACCACGCUGCUCAAUUACAUCCUCAACGAGCGCCAUGGGAAGAGGAUUGCUGUCAUCCUGAACGGCUUUGGUAACUCUGCCGACAUUGAGAAAUCGCUCACCGUCAGCAAAGACGGUGGGCAGGUCGAAGAGUGGCUAGACCUGGCUAAUGGCUGUCUAUGCUGUACCGUCAAGGAUACCGGUGUCCAGGCCAUCGAGUCUCUGAUGGAAAAGCGUGGCGUCUUUGACUAUAUCCUGCUCGAGACAACCGGCCUGGCCGACCCGGGCAACAUUGCACCGCUCUUCUGGGUAGACGAAGGCCUGGGAAGCACCAUCUACCUGGAUGGCAUCGUCACGCUGGUCGACGCAAAGAACAUUCUGAAGAGCUUGGACGAACCGCCGCCCGAAACGACUGCGCAUAACGAAGAGGAUCACGACCACAAAGGCCCCGAGCUAACCACUGCCCAUCUGCAGAUCUCGCACGCAGACGUGGUUGUCAUUAACAAAGCCGAUCUCGUCACACCUGAGGAGCUUGAGAGCGUGCAACGGCGCAUCGCUGCCAUCAAUGCGCUCGCCCAGAUCCAUGUCACCGACCACAGCAAGGUGCCCCAACUGGAAGGAGUGCUACUCGAUCUGCACGCCUAUGAUGCCGUGGAUGCUGCGCAGCUGGAUUUCGCUGCUAAGGGUCAUAGCCAUCUGGAUCCUACAAUUACAACGAUAACUAUACCUAUCCCUCCAUUAGAUCAGAAUGGCCUCGAAGCUUUGGAUAGCUGGCUUCAGUCCCUACUUUGGGAAGAGAGACUGCCAGGAGGAGCGCCGUCGCUCAAGUUCGAGAUCCACAGAACAAAGGGGCGCGUGCCGAUGCUCGACGGCUCAUUGAAACUUGUCCAGGGUGUGAGGGAAGUUUUUGAAAUUUUGGACGCUAGAGACAAUCCAUCAAGCGGGCAGCAAACCUCUGGCGACUCUGCAAAUCAAGGCGGAAAGGUGGUGUUGAUCGGGAGAGCCGUGGAUGGCGAACAGUUCGGCCAAAGUCUGCGGAAGGCUCUCAGGCUGUAA